AUGGCGAAGAGUACUAUUGGUAAAAAAUUAGGCAUUCUUGAAUUACAAUGUCCAGAAAUCAAGGAUACUACAAUUGCAGAUUUAUAUUCUCCAAAUGGCCUUUCUAUUACUUCCUUUUGCACUUGGGAAGGACAUAUCGGAGUUAUUGACGUUCAGGAUUUGUUUAAAGCAGAUGCAAUAAUAAAUAUGACUGCAGAGAAAUCAUCAGGAAAGAGAUGGCCUUUCUUGCGAACUUGUCUUCAAGAAGAAUCUUCAGAACCAGAUUGCUACUUCGGAUCUGCAAAUGGCGAUAUUUACAAAUUAAAUCCAUCACUAAAAGCACCAGCCCUUAUAUAUAAGUGUGGAGGCCCUGUUGUUGGCUUGAAAUGGAGUCCUAAAACAGCACAGUUAUUUAUUGCUGCUUUAAGCCAAAAAGUUUACGUAUAUCAAGAAGCUCAAAAUACUGUUCAAAAAAUUAAGCUCCCAGAACGUCCAAUAAAUUUAUUCCUUAUUUUGAACUUUUGUGUUGUUGUAUAUGUUAACGGAUGCGUUUCCAAAUUUGAUAUAACUAAGCCGCUUCCAACAGAAUUAAAGCCAGAGUUUAAUUUAAUUAAUGGUUUACAAAAUGCUACUCAAAAAACAAUGGUUACAGCAGCAACAGUAAUGAAAUUCACAAAUGAAGAACAAAAGCGCGUUGUACCUGUCAUUUACGCAGGCUUUUCUACUGGACAAAUCAUUGGUUUCGAUCUCGAAGUUCCUUCAUCUACUUUUACAUUACAAAUGAAAGCUUUGGACUCAUACAUAUCUCAUAUUUUAUAUCUCCAAGACAGUAAAUUCGUAGUUAUCACAGGAACCGUAAUUUACUUUAUUGAUAGCAAAACAACAGCUACAACUACAGGAAAUUAUGCAGAAAUUCCUAAAUUAAGUGCUAAUGCAUCAAUCGUUGCUGCUACAGAAGUUUGUUUCCAAAAAGACGGAACAACUGAGUCUAGAGUUUUGGUUUCCACUGGAUAUAACUGGAAUAAGGGUGGCAACUUCCCACUCCAGAACGCCAUUCCUCAACCAAAGUUUUACCUUGUUACAUAUUAA